AAUAGGCGCGAGCUUUCUCCGACUGCUCCCUUCGCGGAGUUACACCACUCGGCCUCGGGGUUCUUUGCGGAGGAGUUAACUCACUGGUGCCUCCACGGCACCCCCCUCCCACCGCCGCCGCUUCGCUGGCCGUGCGACACCGCCCGAUGGUCGCUCGUUCUCAGGGCCCACGCCAGAGAAACACUGCGAGACUUGGACCCAAAAAAAAGACAGAGCACGGUGCCUGUGCGCCACCGGUCCAAGAACCCGCGGUACAGUUGCACCGCCUAAGCACUUGGCAGCGAGGACGCUGAAGCCGCGGCGGGUUCUCGGAAGGCUCCGCUGUGGCGAGGAAGGCCUAGACGAGGCAGCUCUGGAUGCCUCCCGCCGGCUCACGCGAUGCCAACUCGGGCCGCCCAGGCUAACUGGGACCCCCCGACCCGCACCUCCGCCCUGACCAUAACCUUGACCCUCAUCCUGACUGUGACUCUAUCCCCGCCGCUGUCGCUGCCACCGCCGUCCCGCGUCUUCUGGGUGCCCCUGCUUCUUCUGGUGAUCGGUUCGAGCCCCGCUCGUGGACGAGACUUCACGGCGCACGACAUCCAGCGACUCUACCCAUCCAGUAAAGCAACUCCUUACCCGGGGGCCUUCAAGUGCUUUACGUGCGAGGGUGCCAAAGACAACUACGAGUGCAACCGCUGGGCUCCCGACACGUACUGCCCCCGAGAGAGCCGAUACUGCUACACGUACCACCACAUGAGGACCGGCGGGAGCAGCGUCUCCGUCACGAAGCGGUGCGCCGCCCUCGAACAGUGCCUGGGCACCGGCUGCAGGGACGGACCCCUCUCCGGCGAGCAGGAGUGCGUGACGUGCUGCGAGGGCAGCAUCUGUAACCUGCCCGUGCCGCUCAACACCAGCGACUCGGUGUUCGCCACGGUUCUGCCGCUCAGCGCCGCGCGGUCUGGCACGCGUGGUGCUCUCCCGCCCGGGCGUCUCGCCGUUCUGGGCCUGCUGGCGUGCGUCACCGCUCUCGGCGUCUGACGUCGUCGGUCAAUGCCACGGAUUCCUCCGGAUGACGGUUUCAGGGCCCUUGCAGACACAGGCACACGACGCACGCGCGGGCACGCGUACGCCGUACUAUAUCUUUAAUUACAGUUGGCGAGCACACAGGGCUGAUGGCCCAAAUAUGCCAAACGUCCAGCAACAAACAGCACUGUUAAAGGUGUUACAGUAGGGCUGGCCCAGAAUAGAGGUCGAAAUGAGCAAUUUUCCCCGGGCCUCGCACAGAACAGGGUCCCACAAAGUGCGUUUAUUUAGUUAUGUCACCUAUAAAUAAGGGGGCCCCACGUGGCAUUCAGCCGCAAGCUUCCACGAACCUCUGGGAGGCCCUGCGUAAUAGGUGGCCGUUAAUAUGUUCCAUGAAUUGAGCAAGAUUAUUAGGACAACUUGAGAAGAGAGCCGAUAGGGAAUUCCAAACGGUCGAGCAAGUGUUAGGAAUGAAAAAAGGAGAGACAGAAACAUUGGGACCUGAAGUGUGGUGGUGGUUGUGGUGGUGGUGGUUGUGGUGGUUGUUGAAUGCAGCGUGAACGAGACAAGUCAGUGUGUGGUGGUCAACCGAGUGCUCAACAUGGGUGGAGAAAUAAAAAUGAGUGAAGUUCAUGGGAACAGUAACCAUGCAUGGUAGUAGCGAUAGAAGAGCGAUAAGGAAGCGGCUGCAUCGGCGAGUGCUGGAUCAUCAUUAAUCUCUCCUUGUUCAAGAUUCUGUUUUUAGCGAUUACUGUCACGAGCACUAUUCACGUCUCAAAGUGCAACACCUAAACCGGUUUUAAAAUGUUAAUAUUUUUAAAUGUCGACGUAAUAUUGAAACUAAACUACAAUGAGUUGCAAAACUCCCGGGAGCAAUUUCAACAAAGCAAUAAAAAUAAUAGAGUUACUACAACGGAUAUUCAGCACAUCACGAUUUGAUCACAUUUCGCUGCUUUAUUAUACACUCACGAAUUGAUAGCCGAGUGCUGUCUUCUUUCAGAUAUUACGUCCUGCACACACCUGACGAUUGGGUAGCAAGGGAAACUUGCACCAUGGGAGUUGCUCGGAACGGAGUUCGUGAAACUUCUGAGUUGAGGCUUUCGAAUUUUUUUUUACAAUUUCACUGUAUUAAUGAAAAACACUUAAAGAUGUGUAUAACUUAUUUUUAUACUCAAAGCGAUGUAAAUAUGUACAGUUUUUCUUAUGAAAAUAAAUAAAUACGUUUGUACCAUAAAA